CGGCUGGAGUCCGCUGGUGUCCCAUACCCGGUCCCGAAAUGACGGCAAGCAAGCGAGUGGCGAAGUGAAGUUCCUAGGGCUGGGCUCCAUCUUAGUCAAGGGUCACUAGAGUAUGCCCAGUAAAUGCUGCUUGGGAGAAUCCAGAGAUGUCCAGGUGAUUGGGCUGCAUUUCUGAGAAGGAGCUGGAGGAGCUUCAGAAGGAGCUUCCCCAAUACCUGCGGCACCUGUCCAGCGAUGAUGGUAAUGUCCUGGUGUGGCACAUGCUUCUUCUGCCCGACCAACCUCCCUAUCACCUCAAGGCCUUCAGUCUGCGUAUCGACUUCCCCAAGGACUAUCCAUUCAAACCCCCCAUGCUCAAGUUCACAACCAAGAUUUACCACCCCAAUGUGGGCGAGAAUGGGCAGGUUUGCCUGCCCCUCACUAGUAUUAAGAACUGGAAGCCUUAUACCAAGACCUGCCAAGUCCUGGAGGCCCUCAUGGUGCUGGUGAACAAACCAAAUCUGGAGGAGCCUGUGCGGAUGGAAAUUGCUUACCUGCUGUCGGAGAACCCAGAGCUAUUUAGGAGGAAGGCUGAAGAGUUCACCCUUCGGUUCGGAUUGGACCGGCCUUCCUAAUUCUGGUUCUGAGCCAUCUCUGCCCUGGAUCGUCUGGUGGAUGGAUGUCCCCCAUGGACUGGGGCCAGAUCCCUUGGUGGCCCAUUCCUUACUCAUGUUCUCCCUCUUAGCUGCUGGUCAUGAGUAUGCAUGUGUGGUGGGGGAGGGGCAGUCGGCAUAGUGUAGUGUGGGCUCCUUGCCUGGUUCACAUGGUUGCAGCUGUGCCCUUCCAAUUCCCCCAGAGCCAGGGGGUUCAGGCUUUCAGAAUUGCAGUCCAGCUGACAGGAAACCAGAGCUGAGGCACUAAAGGGCCAGGAAGUGGGGAUGUGGAUGGGAAGCAGGGCAACAGAGAGUGUCUUAUUUAUUACUGAGUGAUUGAAAUCAGUCAGACUACUGACAGGCAUGUGCAGAUUUAGGUUCUAAACUUUUUCUUUUCCUCUGAUGAAUCAUAAAAUGAAGAAUCUAACCUCCAUUUUGGAAACCUGACUCCAUGUUUUGGAGACCACUUGCUGUCCUUACAGAGUCUAGUUCUUGGGGGUAAUGGGUGUGACUCUCCAGCCUGGCCAUUUAAGUCACAGAUUAAUUCUGGAGUUGGGUUGUCUUCGAUGAAGAUGGGAUGGCUUCAUCACAUAAGAGGGGGCUAGGGACUUAGUGCCAUCUAACAAAAAAUGUGACCUUGCCUCUCAUGGAUAUUCACCACACGUUAUAAGGAAUGCCAGCCAAGACAGAAUAGGCCAUCCUUGGCCAGAUGGGGCCUUCAAAAAGUCCCUAGGGGUAACAUCACUGUUUUACAGAUGAGGUAACCAAGUCACAGAGCACAUGAUUGGGUUACAAGUGUUUACUUUGACAAUCAGAGCAGAGUCUUCACCUUUGGCAGCCAUGCCAGCUUGGCUGGGGUUUGUUUGUUGUUUUCCCAUGAGCUACUUUCAUCAACUCCAAAUGACUGAUAAAGCCUGAAUUGAUUGUUAGCAGAAAAUUAUAACCAGCUCAGGGGUUCAUCACGAUGAGCAAUGGAAUGACAAAAACAAGCCGAAACUUCAGAGUUGGAGGGAAUUGCUGAGUCUGAGGGAACUUUAUGGUUGCCAUUGUUCUAAGUUUCUGACUUUUCCAAGACAGAAUGUGAGGCAUAUGCUCAGAGCCACCCCAGGCCCCAGCGGCCAGUUUGGGCGAGAUUUCUAAAACAUCUUCUACUCCACUCCCUGUCCUGG